AUGAAGAUGAAGGUGAAGGCCAAGUUCCUCGCCCUCCUCGCCGUGGCGUGUGCGUCUGCCACCCCGUUCUUCAACAAUGACAUCGACAUAGACAUCGACAUUUAUGGUAUAUCACCACGCGCCCUCCCCAACGCACCCAACAAAUACGCCCCCGCAAGCGUCCCCUGCCCCUCCGUGCGCCCCUCAAUCCGCAGCGCAUCAACCCUCUCACCGAACGAAACGGCGUGGCUGGAAACCCGGAAGAAGGAGGUCGUCUCCCCACUGACGUCGUUCCUCACCCGUCUGAACAUCACCGGUUUCGAUGCAAAGGCAUACAUGCAGCAGGUCUCGUCGAAUACGUCAGAUGUUCCAACGAUCGGGAUUGCGGUGUCCGGAGGUGGGUAUAGGGCUAUGCUUAAUGGGGCCGGUGCGCUGAAGGCGUUUGAUGGGCGGACGGCGAAUUCAACGGCGACCGGACAGCUGGGGGGUCUUCUUCAAUCGUCGACGUAUCUCUCUGCACUGAGUGGAGGGGGCUGGCUUGUUGGAUCUGUAUUCAUCAAUAACUUCACGACCAUCCAGGCACUGCAGAACAGUGAGCGGACCUGGGAUCUCCGCACGAAUAUCCUCGAGGGUCCGGACGUCAAGCAUCUUCAGCUCCUCUCGACGGCCGAGUACUGGACGGACCUCGUCAAGGCAGUCCACUCGAAGAAACACGCUGGCUUUAAUACCUCCAUCACGGACUACUGGGGCCGAGCGCUUUCGUACCAGUUCAUCAACGCCUCGGACGGCGGCCCAAGCUAUACAUGGUCCUCCAUUGCGAUGAUGGAGAACUUCAAGACAGGCCGGAUCCCCAUGCCUCUUCUUGUCGCGGAUGGCCGGAAUCCCGGGGAGCUGGUCAUCGGCUCGAACUCGACGGUGUAUGAGUUUAACCCCUGGGAAUUCGGCACGUUCGAUCCGGCGAUCUACGCCUUUGCGCCGCUUGAGUAUCUGGGGUCGGACUUUACGGACACGCACAAUGGAAGCUGUGUGAGAGGGUUCGAUAAUGCGGGUUUUGUCAUGGGGACCUCGUCCAGUCUGUUUAACCAGGGUCUUCUGCGUCUGAACAGCACGUCUAUCCCGGAGACAUUCAAGAAGGCGAUCGCGUCGAUCCUUGAGGCCGUCGGGCAGGCCAACGACGAUAUCGCCAACUACCCGAACCCAUUUUAUAGCUAUUCGGGCAGCACGGCCGCCAUCUCAAGCCGGCGCGAGCUCAACGUCGUCGACGGCGGCGAGGACGGCCAGAACGUGCCCUUCCACCCGCUCAUCCAGCCAGCCCGAAACGUGGACGUGAUCUUCGCGGUGGACUCAACGGCCAACAUCCACAACUGGCCGAACGGGAAGAGUCUCGUGCGGACGUACGAGCGCAGCCUCAACUCCACCGGCGUCGGCAACGGGACAGCCUUCCCUGCGAUCCCAGACACAAACACCUUCCUCAAUCUCGGCCUGAACAAACGCCCGACCUUCUUCGGGUGCAACUCGUGGAACCUCACUGCCCCGGCGCCGUUGAUCGUGUACCUCCCCAACGCCCCGUACACGUACAUGUCGAACAAAUCAACAUACGACCUCAGCUACAGCAACGCUGAUCGCGACGCCAUGAUCGAGAACGGGUACAACGUCGUCACGAAGGGGAACAGCACGGAGGACGAGACGUGGCCGGCAUGCGUGGGGUGUGCGAUUCUCGCUCGGUCGGCCGAGAGGACGGGGACGGACCUGCCGGAUCUCUGUGGGCGGUGCUUUCAGCGGUACUGCUGGAAUGGGACGCUGGAUAGUUCUGAGGUAAAGGAUUACGAGCCCGCGCUGUUGAUCAGGACGGGUGCGGCGGGGAGGGUUGCAGGUGCGCCUUGGGGGGUUUCGCUUUCGGCUCUGGUGGCUUGGGUGGUGUGGAUGUAG